UUAUCGAGAGAGUGUUCAUUGUUUUUGUCUCGAACAGCUGUACAGCUUUUGUGUUUGGUGGAAAAGGAGGUGCUAGGUGCUUUGCGAGCAUCAUGGAAAGCGUUGUGCUGGUGUCGGAUAACAGUGAUGGCGACGAUGGCUGCACUGUUAGGGGUCAAGGAUAUGCCGGCGUGCCGGCAGAUGUCUCCCUGCUCGAGGAUGAGUUGUAUUGUGUGGAAGCUGAGCUGCAGCGAAUACAAGAGGAGAUCGGGAGAUUGCUUGAGCAACAGGAUCAGCUAGACACCAGGAGAACUGCAAUCCAGAAAUGCCUGAAGCUUGCCAAGAAGUCAGCAGCAGCAUCGGCUCAGAGUGACUCUAAGUUUGGGUUGCACAGUGAAGGGCAGGUAGCCCCUUCCUCUGCAUCAGGAGAAAGCAACUGGCUCCGUCCAUUUCAAUGGGAUGAAGAAGUUGAAAAGCUCAGAAAGAAUCUGUUUGGCCUGCCAUCUUUCCGGACGCAUCAGCGAGAAAUCAUCAAUUCAGUACUCAGCGGUAGAGAUGUCUUCGUGAUCAUGCCGUCUGGAGGAGGCAAAAGCUUGUGCUAUCAAUUACCAGCAGUGUUGCGACCAGGCGUGUCUCUUGUCAUCAGCCCUCUGCUUUCACUCAUUCAGGACCAGGUUUGUCAUAUUGGAUCAUUAAGCUACAUGUACACUUCAAGAACCAGCCACCUUUGUGGCAUGCAUCUCACAAAUGGAGUGAAAAUAAGAGCAACAGACCUUCCAUGCUCGUCCAAGAUAGCAUCAGGCAUGCACGCCUAUGAAGCAUGCUUCACGAUGGGCCCAGAGGAGGAGGAGGAGGAGGAGGAAGAGGAGGAGGAGGAGGAGGAGGAGGAGGAGGAGGAGGAGGAGAAGAAAGAAUAAGAAGCGAGAGGCAGAUGGGCCCAGAGGAGGAGGGAGAGGGCGAGGAGGAGGAGGAGAAGAAGAAAGAAUAAGAAGAGAGAGGCAGAAGCAGCAGCAGCAGCAAAAAAAGAAGAAUGAAGAAGAAGAAGAAGAAGAAGAAGAAGAAGAAGAAGAAGAAGAAGAAGAAGAAGAAGAUAUAUGGAGGAAACUCCGUGCCCUCUGCUCUCGAUCAUGCACCUCCUCAAAGCAAGCCUGCGAUUGUCAUCCACAGA